AUGAUGCUCGCGACGCCGCGCCUGAGCGCCGCGACGUCCGCGGGACCGUCGUCCCGGCGCGUAUCGGGGUCAAAUCGCCUCGUGCGGAGGUUCACCACGCGCCGCGCGGCGGUCGUGCGAAGGGUUGCGGCCGACCGAGAAAAUGAAAGCUCAGACGCCGUCACAUCGCGCGACCUCGUCGACCUCUCCUGCGGGGCCCCGCCGUGCGACGACGUCGUGCAUGAGGUUCCUGCGGAUGUGCCAACCCCGGUGGAGGCUGGGAAGUCGGGCGAUUGCCCCUACACCGCCGCGAAGGAUGCGGUGUCGUCGCUGCUCCCGGGACAGCGGAUGAGGAACAAGAUGCCCGAGGGCGGGCCGGUGAUGCUCCCGUCGAACGCCUUCUUCAAAUCCUUGCUCAAGGCUGGGUCCUCGCCCGUGGGCAUGCCGGAGGCGAUGCUGGAGUGGGUGAACAUGACCGGCCACGAGACCGUCGGCAUCAAGAACGCGGUCGGUCCCAUGUGCGUCAGCACCGUGGACCCGGACAUUGUCGAGUACGUCUGCCACACAAACGCCAAGAACUACAGGCUGCGCAUGCUCCCCGACGCCUUCAGGUACGUCAUCAAAAACAAGGGAAUCACGGGCAGCGACGGAGCGUACAACCGCGAGCACAGGCUCAUGUGCCAGAAGCCGUUCAUGAACUCGUUCUCGCUCGAUCAGUUCAGCCGGACGGUUGAGGAGAGGGUGGGCCUGCUCUGCGACGCGUGGGCGAAGGCGGCGGCCCGAACGGACGAGGGUAAUCUCGCCAUCGACAUCGACGAUCACUCGCAGCGACUGACGCUCGAUAUCGUCACGUCACUGGCGUUCAACAUGGACUUCAAGCAGGUGGAGGGCAUCGACGCGCAGCUCAACGGCGGCGAGGAGGAGUGGCGCAAGCGAUCCUCGGGCGGCGACCUCGACUACGACAUCAUCGACAAGGUUCUGCACGCGUACAACAACACGAGCGAGAUCAUGGGCGAGCUGUUCAUCACGCCGGUGCCCAUCCUGAAGCUCCAGAACCUGCUGGGGAUCGGGCGCGUGCGAGAGCUGCGCGAGGGGUACGCGGUGCUCGAGGAUGUGGGCAUCAACCACAUCAUCGGGCGGCGGAGAAAGGAACUGGAGGAGAACAAGCAGCGGGGCGACAACGAGGAUUACUGCCUCCUCGACGUGCUUCUCAAGGCGACCGACGCCGACGGUAAUCCGCUGCCGAAGGAGGACGUGUGGGGCGACGUGAACGACAUCAUGGCGGCUGGGCACAGGACGACGGCGAGCAACUUGACGGUGAACCUGCAUCACCUCGCGCGGCUGCCCGAGGUGCAGAGGAAGGUGGAGCAGGAGGUCGCGGCGCUCGGCGGUAGGGCGCCCACGUUCAGGGACGUGCAGGAGGGUAGGUUGCAGUACACGCAGAGGGUGGUGAAGGAGUCACUGCGCAAGUACGCGCCCAUCAACCUGUUCCCCAGGGUGGUCGAGGGCGACGACACGCUCCCGACGGGGCACGAGGUGAAGCAGGGUGACUUCAUCCUCCUGUCCUCCUGGGCGAUGGGACGGAACCCGCGGGUGUGGGACAAGCCCGACGAGUUCAACCCCGACAGGUUCACCGAGGAGUCGUUGCGACAAAACGCCGAGCGGUUGGCGAAGGAGAGCUGCGGGCCCGACGCCACCGAGGAGGAGCUCCGGCUGCAGAUGGAGCGGAUGAGCCGAAGGAUCCUCGCGGGCAGGGACUUUACCUACACGCCAUUCGGCAGCGGGCCGAGGUCGUGCAUCGGCGGGACUUUCGCGCUGCUCGCAACCACAGUGGCGCUGGCGACGGUGGUGCAGAGGUUCAAGUGGAGCACCGUGGCGACGAAGGAUCCCGGGUUUGAGAUUCCGUUCCUUUACGACACCACCAUCACCUUCCCCAAGGGUGUGCACGUGACGGCCACGCCCAGGGCGGUGCCCUUGGGUGCCGAACGCGGGUCCGAGAGUCAGGCGGGCGUGGGAGAGGAGAGCAUGGCUCCCGCGAGGUGA